AUGGAAUGGUGGCCUGGGAGAGCUCGAAAAAUCACAAGGCUGGCCCUGCACGACCCAGCGAAUCCAACAACAUACACUGCCCUGCCAUCCGAGCUCCACAGGACCGGGGCUGGUCUCCUACCCUGCGGUAGCACUGGCCACGCUUCUGCUGUGGUGCUCAGAGUUUUUGAUGACGGCCGCCCCGAAGGGUCCUCCAACGAGCGCGACCAGACGGGACUUUUUGAAGAGCGCGGCAGCUCAGCGAAUGGCAUCCUUGGAGCCCGCGUGGGAGCAUCGGCGGCUAACGUUGCGGUUGGACGGCCGGUGCUGGAGAGCGCGGAAGCAGCGGCGGAUUCCUUGGUGGAGAUAGGUGUUUGUCAUGAACAGGGCAACGUUCCCGUUCUUCGAGAGGGCAAGAUCUACCAUCAGUUCCACAACGACAUGUCUGAGGACUACGGUCGCAAGCACAACAAUUUGCGGAAGCAGUACGCCGAGGAGGGCACGAUGCACGAAUCGACUGCCCCGAGAAUUUCAUGUAGUGCGAAGCAGCACUGAGUGCGCCCCUCCUCUCUGUUGCGCGGUUCAUGCGUGAAGCGAAGUCUCGACACCAUGUCGACCAGGAAUCGAAAGUUUAGGACGCCGGCCCGGCGACUCAGCACGGUUCAGCUCGACAAGUCCCCGGCCGUGUGUUGCCCAAACAUUGUUGCGGGGAGACGCUGUGUUCUCUUCCAUUUGAUACCUGGUAGGGGGAAACCUAACGUUAAGCCCCGGUGUAGUAGAGUUGAAGUGGCAGCAGUACCCUACGAAGACAGGGGCGAGCAGGAGGAAAGCCCCACGGUUAUCAUGGGGGAGUGAAUCGUUUGGCAGAGUUAACCGUCAAUAAGUUCGGCUCGUUGGGUGUUGUUGUUGAAAUAUAUUGAAGUUCCUGUGCAGGCGGGUAUAGCAUGUAUUGCUAUUUCACUAUUUCCCGUGGAACCGAAAACGAAGUGGCACGUUUAGGAAGCAGCAGUAGGGGAGGAGAAUGUCAAGAUGUAAACAACCAGCUUUAGAAUGUCGAAAAUUUCAAAUAUUUGCGAUUUUUUUCCUUUCCUAUUGUGUACCUAUUUCCUUUUGACGCCAACUCUCAAACAAUCGGACAUUUGGAAGGAUUCGGUGUAUUCAUGAUGUUUCUCUACAUGACAAUUGUGUAGAUAGUUUAUGAUGUAACUGCCGCGUGAAAUCAUUGUUUCAUUCCAUCCACCAGCAACAACAAAUUAUGAAAUUUU